AUGGGAAUUCUGGCACCAGGGGCAGCUCUCCGGGCCAGGCCGGCCAGCGCACAGCUGCCAAAGGACAACCCCAACCUCCAGAGCAGGGAUUUCUCCCUGUCCCAGCACACCCUGACCCUGCCCGAGAGGAAAGGGACGCGGGAUGGGCUCGAUGUCCUCAUCGGGAAAAAAGCCUUUCCCAAGCUGGAGGAGAAGGUGGAGCAGCUGGAGAGGGCGUGCCGAGUGAAGGGCAGGCUGAAAGCCGGCUCCGAGAUGAACCUGCUGGCCCUCGGCAAGUCACUCAAGGGUCACAUCGCCGCCACCGCCAGCUCGGCCGGCUCCGAGGGCUCAUUCCUCAGGCCCCUGCUGAAGCGCACCACGUCAGCCAGGAGCGCGCUGAGGCCGCCCCCGUCCCCGCGCAUCGCGGGGAAGGGAAAUGUGAUGCAGAAAACAAAGGAGUGGGAGAUGAAAUCCGCGAUGUGAUCACGGGGGUCUCCCAGAGGGCAUCGGGCUGCGCGUGGAUCGUGCAGGACCAGCCUGGAUUCAGCCUGGAAUUUGACUUUUAUCCAUCACUAUCAACGCUACAACUACGCACAUCUAUUUUUUAUAUGCAGAUAUAUCGGUACACACUUAUCAGCUCUCCACCCGUGGGUUUCCAGUCUCUCCCCGCUGCAUCCCCACCCAUCCCAGCACCUCGUUUUUGGGGCGCAAAUUUGGGGUACAACUUCAGGAGCUGCUGGCUCUGUCCCCUGUCCAUCAGCGGGACCCCAAUCCCCCUGCCAGGACCCCCAAUUUUUACAGGGAUGGGGAUGGAUGAACCCUGGAUCCAGCAGUUGUGGGGGACACAAAUUUGGGAGAUUUGGGAGGAAUCCGAUUGUCCAUUCCCUGGAGUCAGCGGGACCCGGGCUGGGCCCUGGGCGGUUUUCCAACAGCUGAGCUUGUCAGGGCUUGGUUGGAAUUGGAGAAAUGUUAUUUUUUUUAAAGGAUUAA